CUGUUGCCGGCUGAUUGGCUCGGCAAAGUUGAGUCACCUUAGCCGGCUGGUGACAUACGCCGAUGGCGACCUGCGACCAUCACGAACCAUGACUCGGCAUGUCUGUCACCACAACGCGAGAGGACGCAAAGACAUAUGAAAAUGGUCCAUCCUCACUCAAGGCAGCACUCGGUCGCUCAACAGCAUCAGCACUUGCAUUUUACUUUUCCAGACCUGUCCGACUCUUUCGACCCAACAAGCUCGGUUCAUGGUCUGCAUUCCAGGCGCUCGCGGCAGAACAGGGCAAGCCAUUCGGUCUCGCUUUCGUGCUGUCAGUUUACCGUGCAGAAGGAUGGAUGGUUGCUCGACACAUCGCGCCGCCCUUUCUCGCCAAUAGUUGUGUCGGGCUCGUUCUGUUUACAGUCUAUACGAAUGCAGAAAGCUAUCUUCGCACCACGAGUAUGUCAAGCUACGUCUUGCCGUUUGCGGCCGGCGCAACCGCCGGCUUAGCUCAAGGUCUCGUCUCCUCGCCGCUUGACAACCUACGCGUCCUCGCGACCUCAGCUGCAGAUCCGACGCGACGCAAACGAUGGCCCGGUUGGCUUGGCAUGAUCAAAGACGCCCUCAUACCUGUCUGGGUACGGAACGAACGAGGCAAGAUAAAGUGGUCCAUCUUUGCAACACGAGGCACAAGCCUCCUGGGCUUGACCGUUCUGCGCGAUGCCAUCGGGUUUGCCUUCUUCUUCGGCCUGUUUGACUAUGCCAGACGCGGUGGAAGAUACAUGGGUACGAUGAUCGAUCGGUUUCUAUCGUCUGCGCAGGACGCUAGGACCACAGCGUCGCGAGUCGUACAAGCGACUGUUAUUAUCGUUGGCGGCGGAGCAGCUGCCUUUGUCUACAACCUGCUCGGCAAACCAAUCGACCAGGCUCGUUCCGUCGUCUUUGCUGGUCGGACGCAAUGGCACGAGGCAUUCCUACGUCAACAUGCUCGUGCUCGCGCCGCGAGGAAGCCAAUCAGGGCGGCAAGGCGAAGAUAUCGUUCGCGCCUGCCGUUCCAUCCCCGGCUUAGCUACGCGCCUCUUGCUGUACCUCGCAUCGUCUCGGAAGAGAUGCCCUCUGCUUGGCACCUGAUACGAGCAGCUGUCCGUCGAAAAGGUUGGAGAAGCUUUGUCUCGCCUGUCGAAGCGCGCGCAAGGAUUACAGGCCGCGAUCGAUCGCGCACUCGUGCUCAACAAAUCGCAAGACUCAAGUCUGGCCCGCUGGCUUCUGGCGAUCAUCCCGCUCUGGGUGGACCUGAAGUCUACAGCAUAAGACACAAGACGAGCCAGAUCGUGCUCGGCAGAUUGGCGAAUGCUGCCACUCGUAUGUUCCGAUACGUCAACCCUACUGCACUCGGCCUCCUCGUCUUUGCGGCAACGAGCGGCGACCUGUCUUGAUUCCGCUCGAGUCAAUUCUUUGGCAGAACAUGUUGCUCUCACUAUUGUCAGCCUGGCUUGCUGGAUGGCAUCUCAACAGCCCGUCUCAUGAGUGCGGACUGACGAUGGCUCUCUGCAACGCAUACUAUCACUGUGAUGCUGUUGAAAAGGAGCCAUAUUUGACUUCUGUAGGCUCCAGCUUUGCAGGCGUCGCAAGACGUAGACUCAUGGCCUGCUACUCUGUACGACCUGGAAGCCACGGAGUGGGCAAGCACUCUUAUCGGCGAGUCUGAUGCCUUCAAGCUACCUUCAGUAGAAAUGCAUGCUUUUGGUACGACAUGAUCACGCGAAUGCAUGCUGGCACGC